AUUAAUGCAAGAAAAUUGAGCAGAAAUUUGCAAUUAAAAUCCCACGGAUGUUUCAGACGCCCCGUUGCUCUGUUUACAACGGCAAAAUACAUGAAAUAUCAUGAACGUCUGUGGCUGGUUGUAUAAAACUCUUAAUCACUUUUUUAAUCACUAUUUUGUAGUUAAAUAGUGAUUAACUCUCAAAUAGGCGCUUCUUAUUGGAUGACGUUUGCACUUAACCAUAGUUAACUUUAAUCACUUUUUUAUACAACCGGCCCUGGUAUACUGUACAACGCCACAGACAACGCUUACAUAUCAAGCUGGGACAACUGCUACUUCGAGGUCCUAGAACUUUUCUCAAUCAUUAACUCUGUGUUAACCUCAUUCCUUUUAAGCUGUAUUAUUUCAUUUGAUGGAUAAUAUACAACAGGUUUUCUUCUGCAAUAUUGGGGGGGGGCAAAUAAUAAAGGCCAUAUAGCUAAUUUGAAAAGAGUUUUACCUAUACAUAUAGUGACAGAGUUUUGAAAAGCUGAAGUGUUUAUAUCUGGCAGAUGCCAGAUGACGAUACUGCUUCAAGUUGGUCUACCAUAUUUAAGUUUUUUUCUCUGCCUUAUCGAUCUUUCCUUUGGCUUGGUUAACUACAAACUUUUCGGCAAACAAGCGGUCGCUUUAUAUCUACAAUUGCUAUUGACAAUCUCAAAUUAAUUAAAAAAGACAUUGCAAUAUACACACAAAUAUACUUGUCAUCACCUUAGUAUAAACUUGCGUUGAUAUUGUUAGCCGCAUACAAACAUUUUUGACAGUAAUAUAUUUAAGACUUAAGUAUUUACGACGGUGAGCUUUGUUGAUGUUGCAGAGAUGUAAAUUAGAUAAAUUCUUAUGAUGUUGAUGAACACUAUAGGGUGGCUGAGGACACUUCAGCCAUAUUUGUCACACUGAAACAUCUGCCGGUGAACAGACCAAUAUGGGUGCUAAAAAAGAUCUUAAAACAUUAUUCUUCCGUUUCUUUCUUGUUGUUGUGUACUGUUUAGUAGGUGCAGGUAUCUUCUAUGCCAUAGAACAUACGGACAAUUACGAGGAGGAGGUAAACAGAAAGCAGCAACUGUUGAACAAGACGAAGAGAGAAAUCAUGCACAGGUUUGGUAUUAAUGAUACAGAGUUUGAAUCGUUGGUGCAGCGCAUGAUGAAGGUUAUAGAUGCGAAAUCGGACACUCCAUUGCAAUGGACGUUUACAAGAGGAAUAGAUCUAUGCUGGCAGACUAUUACCACUGUUGGUAAGUACACUCGCAACAUGCUGUACUAUGUCGUCACCAAUGUCAAUAUCGUUAUUAGCCUGACUGUCGAUACGUUUACUCUCUGCGAUAGAACUUUAGAUAAUUAGGAGUAAAAUGUAGUAAACGUUAUCUGACAACAUACAGUUUAAGCCUCGGUCAAAUGAAGAUGAAAGUUGAUCAGAGUUGCAAAUUUCGCUCGCGUUUGCCCGCCAACUCUCAUCGACUCUCAUGCCAACGUUUAACCCAGGCUGGGUUCGAGGUUGCUCUCAUGCACUCUCAUCAACUUUGAGUUGCUUCAACUUGUGAUGAGAGUUGUGAGAGUUUUCGCGACGCGCGCGGUAAUAUCCGCUCAAUUCUCAUCAAAGGCCCACACAGACAACAACGCGACAGCGAAUUUUCGGCAACGCGACGCGAAUUUUCAGUUUUCAAAAACAAAUAAAACCGUCAACGGAUAAAAAUUUUACAAGAUAUGCAGGCCAAAUAGCUAAAAUUGCUUAAGUGGUUCCUAAUAUUUGAAAAACAUAGAAAAAUAGUAAAGUUAAAUGUCAUUGAAAUUUGAAAAUUCGCGUCGCGAUGACAAAUCGCGUCCGGUCUGUAUGGACCUUAACUCUCACGAAACUCUUGUUCUCGUUUGACCGGAGCAACUAGAGUUAAUACGGUAAGACUGAUGAAACGUCAAGCCUGAUAUCACUCAUAUUGUUUCAUUGAUAUUGCCUUGGAAAGUCGCACGCGUUGCGCCAAGAUUAUUCCAGAUACAUUCAUACAUGCAUUUUACACUUAACACUUUGAGUUUAAACGUGUGUUAAUGUUUUGCCUGCAGAGAUACUGAAAGAUAACUGAAUUCUCCAAUUACGAAUAAUAUUCUAACCGGCUAUGUUACUGCAUGAAAGACAUGCACUCAGUAGCUAGGCAAUUAAGUUGCUAUGCAAAUUAUGAAUAGAUUAGUCUGAUUAGUCUUGUCGUGUCAUGCUAUACACUCUUUAUGUUGCCAAUGGAACAUUAAAAUUUUACAGGCUUAUAUUACCUCAGCUUGAUGUGAAAGAAAAAAGUGUUAAUUGACUAACACCCUAACGCAAAAUUUUAUAGAUUUUCUCGAAAACAUGGCAGUAUUUCUAUUAGCAGUUGAAUUUGUUAUUCAUGCGCUUAGAAAUUGUUGAGUCUGUCGGUUGAUCAGUUUUAAUAAAAAAAACCCAGCAGCCUUUACGCAGCAUGCAUGCAGGUAUUCAUUAUUCUCUUUAUUAUCAUAUAAUUAUCAUAAUAUUUACACAGGGAGCCUAUAACUCUAGUUGAAAGGCUGAGUCACUAAUAAGUUUUUUAAAAGGAUUCAUAAUUAAUUGUGUAAACGUUCUCUGGCUAAAAAUAUUUAUUUAUUACAAGCUUUCGACUGCCAGUCUGCAGUCUUCGACGGGCAGAUUAAUAGUUUUUUGAGCAAAAAGCGGUAUUGUUCUGGCAAAUGUUUUGAGUUGUUAUCGGCGUCUUUAGUGCAUGCAGUGUGCCAAGACUCUAAUGUCGAUCUAUGUCGAUAGUUGCCCUUGUCAAUUACUUUUCCGUUUUUAAAAUCAAUUCUGUGAUCGUUUGCCCACGCAUGGUUCGCGAUAUUAGAGCCACUCUUGCAUUUUUCCACGUUUCGUUCAUGCUCUUUUCUUCUUGUUUUGAAGGCCCUGCCUGUCUCGUCAACGUAACUCCACGAGCAAUCUGAACAAUUAAUCUGGUAGACCACAUUCGUCUGGUUCUCAGGUAGUGGUUGGUCUUUUGUUGAGGGAAACAUUUGUUCUAGUGUGCGGAGAGGUUUCGUAUAGUUACUCGGAUGUCGUGAGGUUUUAGAAUGCGUCUCAGUUAGUCCUUUGAUGUACAGUAGGACAGCGUAACUGCGCUUGGUCUUCGGUUCCACCAAGUCAAAAAACGAUCGUACUAGUUCUUCGGGUGGUGGCGUUCUGUUCUCAAACAUGACACGUUUCUUUUCAACUUGUUUCAAAAAUAUCUUAGGGUAACCGUUUGACAUUAAUGUGUUGGUUACAUGUUUGCGUUCUUGUUGUUUGCCUUCGUCUGUGUUUGGUAAAGUUGCUGCCCUAUGUAUAAGAGAGUUUGUGCAGUGCUGACUAUGUGUCGUUUGUCAUGGUGCGAGUUAUAGUCUAAGUAUCUGUCAGUGUGUGUAGGUUCCCGGUAUACGUCAAUAGAAAGAGAUCCGUUAUUACGUGUGACUAAAGUAUCUGAAAAUGAAAGAUUUCCGUCAACUUCCUGUUCAAUGGUAAAGUUAAUAUGUGGGUCGAUAGAGUUAAGUAAUUUGCAGAAAUUGGUUAACGCAUGUUUUUUAAUGAUAGAAAAUACAUCAUCGACAUAACGAAACCAUUUCUUAGGUGGCAUAGAAGAUGUACUUAGUGCUGAGUCCUCAAUUUCCUCCAUGCAGAGGUUCCCCACAAUAGGGCUAACUAAUGCGACUACCUAUUGCACCACCAUGAAUUUAUUUGUACGUUAUCUUGUUGUAAUUGAAAUAGCUAUUAGUAAGAGUAAAACGUAAAAGUUUAAUAAUAUCUUCAAUAGAAAAUUUAGUUCUAACGUGUAGGAUUUUGUCUUUCGUGAGUUUGUUGCGGAUGUGUUCGCAUGCUUUGUUUACUGGUAUCCCUGUAAACAACGAUACAACGUCAAAAGACACCAUGAUUUCACCAUCGUCAAUGUGCGUUUCAGGAAGUUUCUUGGCGAAGUGAGUAGAGUUGUUAACAGAGUAACCAUUGUGGUUUUGUAGAGGUGAAAGAAUAUUUGCAAGAAAUUUAGAGGUGUUGUAAAGAGCUGUGUUCCUACAUGUAACUAUGGGACGGAUUGGAUUGUUAGGUUUGUGAUGUUUGACAGAGCCUCGUAUGGCAGGUGGUAUGCUGUCAGUAGAGUGUAGUUUUUUGUAUGUGAUUUCGUCGAGUUUUUGUUCGCGUUUAAGUUGCAAUAACUGUGCGUUCAAUUCUCUUAAAUGAUCGUUUUUUGAUCAACUAGUAAAUCUUGCAUAUUUUUGCCGUAGUCGCUUCGGUCCAUCACGACGAAACAGUCCCUUUUGUCACUAAUCGAGUCUUUAAUAUAUUUCUUGAGUUCAUCGAUUGCUUUGCGUUCGUUUGUUGAGGUGUUCUUGUGAUUCGGUAGUUGACACCGUCGUAGAAGGUUUGCUGCUGAUGUUCGAACGGAAUCCUUAGAUUCGUCAGGAAGGUCGGUAAUUGCAGCUUCAAUCUCGGCAACUAUAUCCUUGUGGGGAAUUUGUGAUGGCGUUGGAGCAAAUUUGGGUCCUUUCUCCAGGAUGGCUCGUUGAUUACCCAUUUCUCGCGAUCAAGUGUUAGAUCAGGUGUGCAUUCAUUAUUCAAAUUUUCAAGUUUCUUUUCAUGUCUGGCGGAAAUGCUGCUUUGGUGAGAUCUAGCUCGGUGUUUUAGGAAAUGGGAGAGCCGGGAGUAGAAGUGGCUAGAAAUACAGGAUUGCACUUUAUUACGAUUUUCGGUAAUGAUGCGGUUGGUUAAUCUGAUCUGUUCAUGGCAGAUGCUAAUCCUUGCUCGCAUGCAGUGGAUGCUCGUACGUUCCAUCGUAGAGACUCCCAAGUCUCCAAUCAACGAUUUUCUAGUGCGCGGUAUGUGAAAUUGAGGUGACGAUGGUGUGCUUCGAGUUUGUAAGUGGAUUUUUCUAAGGAUCUUGCUAGCUUCUAGGCAUUUCGCCCGGCCUCUUGGCAAAAUCAGAUGCCUUGAAGGAUUAGCAUCUGCCACGAACAGAUCAGAUCAACCAACCGCAUCAUUACCGAGAAUCGUAAUAAACUGCAAUCCUGUAUUUCUAGCAACUUCUACUCCCGGCUCUCCCAUUUCCUAAAACACCGAGCUAGAUGUGUCCAAAGCAACAUUUCCGCCAGACAUGAAAAGAAACUUGAAAAUUUGAAUAAUGAAUGCACACCUGAUCUAACACUUGAUCGCGAGAAAUGGGUAAUCAACGAGCCAUCCUGGAGAAAGGACCUAAAUUUGCUCCAACGCCAUCACAAAUUCCCCACAAGGAUAUAGUUGCCGAGAUUGAAGCUGCAAUUACCGACCUACCUGACGAAUCCAAGGAUUCCGUUCGAACAUCAGCGGCAAACCUUCUACGACGGUGUCAACUACCGAAUCACAAGAACACCUCAACAAACGAACGCAAAGCACUCAAUCGAUGAACUCAAGAAAGAUAAGACUCGAUUAGUGACGAAAGCAAACAAAGGGGGCUGUUUCGUCGUGAUGGACCGAAGCGACUACGACAAAAAGAUGCAAGAUUUACUAGUUGAUCAAAAAACUUGAGAAAGUGUCUAAACCUCCAUUUAAGAGAAUUGAACGUGAGUUGAACGCACAGUUAUUGCAACUUAAACGCGAACAAAAACUCGACGAAAUCACAUACAAAAAAUAGGUACGCGCUGCGUACAUGUGGGUAGCCUGCAUUAAUUGUUGUUAAAGUUGGAGUAAUACCGAGGUUGGACUUUGGAGUAAUACGCGCAACAAAAUUGCUGCAGCCAAAAUUUCUGCAACAAAAUCUGAUUUCAACGCAUUUUAAGUAGAAAUGUUGACAAAACAUUUCAAUUAACAUGCGCAGAAAUCAGAUUUUGUUGCAAAGCAAUUUUGUUGCCCAUAUUAGUAUAUUACUCCACCUUAAUUGCUAUUGUCAAAUUCCGAAUUUACUGAAAGAAAGUAUUAAGUAAAUUGAACACAAUUCAAAUAUUAUACACACAUUUAAUCACAUACUGAACAUCAGAUAUGACAAAAAUACGUAAACGACUGUUACGUGCAUUUUUCAAUAAGCAUAAACAGAUUUAAGAAGUUACAAAGUAUUUUAAUGUGUCAAAAAUAAUUUGAACACUGAACAGACAGAACAGUACAAGGUCUUUAAUAUGUAUACGAAACAAAAUACAUCACACGCCGAAAUACAGACAGUACGAAAAACACUUAAGACAAGUCUUGUUCAAGGACAGCAUACAUCAAAGACAAAGCAUCAGGUUUACAGGCUGCGUAUAUACAAUUUUCGUGAAGUUUGAGUUUCAAGGAUAGUCCAUGCAAAGAUCUAAGGACGAUGUUUUCCGGCGGAGUUUGAAAAAGAUCAACAUAUAUUUAUUUAGUACAGUGAUGAUUGAAUUAUUUAAACAACGACAUAAUCGAUCUCAUAUAUAUUGGUAAUGACAUUCAAUUUGCUUUCAAUAUUCGACAAAUAUAUCCCUAAGUAAAAAAGCGCUAAUAUUCCACUGCCUAAUUUAAUCCUUGUGUAAACCGUGCUUGGCUUUCUAUUUGCCUUAACUUACACAUUCGACUAACCCGAUUCCAAUGACGUGGCCUUACAAACAUUAUGUAAGCAACGACAUACUCUUUUUUCUUUUUUUUUUUUUUUCGAUUCUAUAUACCUAUAUGUUCGUCAUUCGUCAACAUUCCUUCGAUAUAGACUAACGUAAAUAUGUCCAAACGUCGCGCGCUAUAUCACUAAUUACUAUAUUUUUCUAAUACGUAUAAAAUGUUUGAUCAAACUGAUAUGUCGUGUUUAAAUAUGACAUUACACGAUAUAAAACAGACCCCUUGCGCUAAUAUUAAUCCCAAUGACCCUUGUACAAGCAGUGAUUAUAAAAACAACGACAUAUUCGAUUCUAUAUGCGUUGGAAAUGACUAUCGACCUGACAAAACAUAUUACAAUAAAGACUUUACUAAGAAUUUAUACACCUCUCUGUACGGUAUGAGCGUUAGUGAACUUAGCCUGUGGUCUAUAGACGGUUCGUAUUUCAAGGAUAAAAGGAACCGCGCAGCAGGACACCGCGGACACGAAGGCCACAGCGCCACAGAGCCACAGAGAAAUGGAAGAUCGCGCUUCAGUCUCUCACAUAGUGGUUAGCUGCGCAUGCGCGGCUACCCACAAAAACUACACUCUACUGACAGCAUACCACCUGCCCUACGAGGCUCUGUCAAACAUCACAAAUUAACCUAAAUCCCUGGGCCUGGGCAAACUAGGAAACAUUGUUGUGGAACUCAUUUGUGAUUCUCGAUGUUUCCUCAAAUGUUUCCCUGUUUGCCCACCCGUGGAAACAUUGUUGCGGAAACAAAAUUUGCUUUCCAAGAAGCAAAUUUGUUUCCUAGCGAAUUCAGAAACAUUUGAUGUUUCCCUAUGUUUCCCACUAAUGUUUCCUAGUGUUUGCCAACUCUUGGAAACAUGGCGAAACAUUUGUAGGAAACAAUGUUUCCGCAACAAUGUUUCCUAGUUUGCCCAGGGCUUAACAAUCCACUCCAUCCUAUAGUUACAUGUAGGAACACAGCUCUUUGCAAUACCUCUAAAUUUCUUGCAAAUAUUCUUUCACCUCUACAAAACCACAAUGGUUACUCUGUUAACAACUCUACUGACUUCGCCAAGAAACUUACUGAAACGCACUUUGACGAUGAUGAAAUCAUGGUGUCGACUUUUGACGUUGUAUCGUUGUUUACAGGGAUACCAGUAGACAAAGCAUGCGAACACAUCCGCAACAAACUCACGAAAGACAAAACCCUACACGUUAGAACUAAACUUUCUAUUGAAGAUAUUAUCAAACUUUUACGUUUUACUCUUACUAAUAGCUAUUUCAGUUACAACAAGAUAACGUACAAAUUCAUGGUAAUGCAAUGGGUAGUCCCGUUAGCCCUAUUGUGGCAAACCUCUGCAUGGAGGAAAUUGAGGACUCAGCACUAAGUACAUCUUCUAUGCCACCUAAGAAAUGGUUUCGUAUGUCGAUGAUGUAUUUUCUAUCAUUAAAAAACAUGCGUUAACCAAUUUCUACAAAUUACUUAACUCUAUCGACCCACAUAUUAACUUUACCAUUGAACAGGAAGUUGACGGAAAACUUUCAUUUUUAGACACUUUAUAGUCACACGUAAUAACGGAUCUCUUUCUAUUGACGUAUACCGGGAACCUACACACAUUGACAGAUACUUAGACUAUAACUCGCACCAUGACAAACGACACAUAAGGGCCAUUUAUACGUGACAAAAUAAGUCGCGACUUACAUAAGACGCGACUUAAAUAAGUGGAGUUCUCGCAUAAAUGGUUCUCUACGGCUUUGGUCUUAUUUAUUUGCUCUAGCUAUAAUGUUGUUUUGGUUGUUUUUGUUUUAAUAUGCAAGGCAUUAAAUUUUACGUUGUUUCAAGUUUCUGGCAUGUGUAGUUAGACUUUUUGUCCAAAAUUUCUUAUUUAAGCCGCGACUUAAAUAAGAACAGCUAAAAGACCUGUUCUUAUGUAAGACGCGUCUUAUCCAAGACGCGUCUUACAUAAGAAUUUUGUACCUUUUAUACGACAAACUCGCGUCUUACCUAAGUCGCGUCUUAUGUAAGUCGCGUCUUAUUUUGUUCCGUAUAAAUGGCCCUAUAGUCAGCACUGCACAAACUCUCUUACAUAUAGGGCAGCAACUUUACCAAACACAGACGAAGGCAAACAACAAGAACGUAAACUUGUAACCAACACAUUAAUGUCAACGGUUACCCUAAGAAAUUUUUGAAACAAGUUGAAAAGAAACGUGUCAUGUUUGAGAACAGAACGCCGCCAGUACAUCUGUGUGAUACAUCUAUAGAUAGUACAUCUGUGUGAGUGAGCUGCUUUCUCUAAAAUCUUACUAACAGUAGGGAGAACUGUUAUUGGUCUGUAGUUAUUUGGAUCUGAUUUAAACAGGGGCAGUGAUCUUCCCGCAUUUCCAAAUAUAGUAGGAUACGUAGAGAAGGAAAAAAUUAGGGGCAGAAAGAAAUUUGCCCGACUUUUUUCCAUUGUGCCCGACUUGUCAUAAAAAUUUUCCGUGCAAACUUUCCAAACUUUUUGUCGAGGGAGGGGGGUGACGACGAAAAAAAUUUAGAAUGUAUUAUAAUUUAUUAUAACAUAUAUUGGGGGGCGGGGGGACGACGACAUUUUUUAUUAUUAUAUAGCAUAUUUCCCCCAAUAUUGAGGGAAUUUCUCCUAUUUAUUUUUCUAAUAAGCCAAUAUUUGCCCGGCUGUGAAGAAAAUAUUUCCCGACUGGGCUAGUCUCUGCCCAACAAUCGCCCGCCCCGUACGCCUAUGUUCUUCCACAGGCCGUCAAAGUAGCUCUGCAAACAUUCACACGAUGAUAUCAGAUCAUCAUGGGAAAACUAUAGCAAGAAAAAUAGGAUGCAAAGGCACAGUGAUGUUAAAAACUAGAUUUCGAGUAUGCGGAGAAACGGAAGACAAAUGCGCGGAAAUACGGAGAUGCGUUGGUUUAAAUUUAGUCUUGAAAAAUAAAGACGUAACCUUCUGCAUUAAUCUAAACCGCCUGUAAUCGAUGCAUGCAUCUUUCUCCGUUAAUUCAAUUUUACGACAAACUUGUUUUAUCAAAUGCUUUUCUUUUAUUUAGGUUAUGGUAACAAGACACCCACGACACUUGGAGGACAACUUUUCCUCAUUCCCUUCGCCGUGUUUGGAAUUCCACUUACAGUAUAUAUGCUGAACACAGUUGGUCAAAAUAUUUGUCAUUUUGUGUGUUUCAUCAUUAACACGAUCGAGAAAAGGCUCUUAAAAAAAAAGGAAAUAAAGUCCUGUAAAGUAAAGUCAUUAUGUGCAGUUUCUCUACUGACUGUUGCUUUGUUGGUGUUCAUGGCUGGUAUCAGUGUAAAGGUGGAAGGCUGGAGUUUUGGACUAGGUUUAUAUGUUUGGUUUGUCACGUUUACCACAGUCGGAUUUGGAGAUUAUAUCCCAGGACAUGGGACUUCAACUACUGCCGACAUAGCGAUCAUAUAUCGACUCAUUCUUGUCGCGAUCGGACUAAGUUUGAUAUCGACUAUCUUCAAUGCAAUGACGGAUUGUAUCGAGGAAAAGAGGAAGAAAGCCGAGUCCAAAUCCUGGCUUCAAUUUUUUGUUUCAGCCUUCACUUCUGACAAUGCAACAGACCACAACGACAAGGACAGUACUGAAAUGACUGUACAUCCAACUCCAACAAUCUGAACUUGCAAAAACAUGUCGUUUCCAAUUUGAGAUAUUGUUGCCCAAUGUCCAUAGAAUAUUUCUGUUCUCCAUGCAGCAAUAUCGUGCAGUACAUAGCAAAUUAAUAAUGAACUCUAUUUUCAAAACGUAUGCACUAAAAUAUCUUAUGUUAAUAGUCUAUGUAUUAAAACUUCUGUAGCUGUGAACGAAGCUAUAGAGAAUAUAGGCAUUUUUACCCCCGCGGUUGGUUACCGAUGAUAUUAUAUUUAUAUAUAGUUUCUCAUAAGGGUUAUUGUAAUACUUUGUUUGAACCAGUAAUAUAUUUAAUGAUAACAUUUACCGAGCGGCGAGCAAUGAAAAAUAAACCUGACUUGACUGACUUGGAGAAAUAAAUAAUCAGUAAACGCGCUUUAAUAUCAAUUUCAGUUAUUUUGAAUAUGUAAAUCUAUAUAUCUUUGGGGCUCAGAUUGACCUGGAUGUUUGUUAUUAAUAUUCCACAAUCUUUUAUUUCUGUGUCUUAAAACAGAUUUUGAAACGUAUUCAGAUAUGGAAAGUUCAACACCUUUAUAUAGGCAAAGGGUGUUCAUGAGUAAUGUCGGUACUAUACUCCAUAGUAACAUUUCAGUUUACAGCUUAUCGAUCAUAAUCCUACUCCUAUAGUAUAGGGCUAAAGGCACAAUGAAGAUUAAUGUUUCGUUUCGCGAAAUUCUAUUGAGUAUUGAUUUGAAUACCAAACCAAAACUGAAAUUUUACUAUGGAGUAUAGACCACAUUUGUGCUAUAUUAGUAAAACAAAUAUAAAACUUUUUUCCGUACUCAUAUACAGUUAUAUCAACACUCGUGGAAAUUUCUCGUUUUCCCAAUUUCUCGUUUUCCCAAUUUCCAAUCAAUACAGAAAAUGUUUUAUAUUUGCUAAAUAAACAACUUUAUAUUUAUAUUUUUCUAAGAUCUUUAUAUUUUGCAAUGUCCAAUGAGCUCUGCUAGUAUAUGUUUAUUUUUUUUAGAAAAAGAAAAAAUAAGGAUUAUUCGGCACACUUUUUCACAGGUAUGAAUUGAAAAUUAAUGUCAGAAAUUACUCUCAAAAUUGCCGACAAAGGCGUGUAUGGCUGUGCUUGAGUGUAUUAAUACAUGUUUCUUAUCAUUGCCAUUAAUUUACUUCUUUUCCUGAUUUCAAAUUUAAGUAAUAUAUAAUUGUAAUAUAGCUAAUGUUCUCUUUUAUAUAAAUGUAAUGUCAUAUUUACCUCAUGUAAUAUAACCUUUUUAAUUAAGUAAACUUGAAAGUCUGAAUAUUGAUUUAUCAUAGAUUAUAAAUGUUGUAAUAUAUAUAAAUGUAAUAUAUAUAUAUAUAUAUAUAUAUAUAUAUAAAUGUUGUAAAUAGACAAUAGAUAUACUCC